AUGACAGACGACGCGCCCCGCAAGCGGUCGCGCUUCGACCAGACAGAACCCGAGCCACGAAAGACUUCACGCUUCGACCGACGCUCCAGAUCUCCUUCUUCCCGACACAGCGAAUCCAGGAGAAGUCGCAGUCCGCUCGCAAAAGCUAGUCAGAGUCCCGCAGCGAGUGAGAAGCGCAGCACCCCUCUGGAUCCAGCUGCUGCCGCAGCUGCGGCCGCUGCGAAGAUUAAUGCGGAGCUACAAGCCCGCAAGGGAAUCCAGCAUGUCGACGUCCCUCCAGUUCGAUCGUCGUCGACGCCGACUCCUGCCCCUACUCCUGCGACGCCUUCCUCAGGUCACAGCGGCGCUAAAGUCGACGGCGAGAUCUACAUUGCGGACGGUGACUAUAUCAAGGACAUUGAGGUCAAUGACUUGCGCAACCGCUACACUUUAACAAAGGGCUCCACACAAAAGAUGAUCAAGGACGAGACAGGAGCUGAUGUCACAACUCGCGGCUCCUACUAUCCAGAUAAGUCCAUGGCUACGGCAGCAAAUCCACCGUUGUAUCUGCACGUCACUAGCACCACUAAGGCUGGGCUUGAAAAGGCGAUUGCAAAAAUCGAGGAGCUCAUGAAGCAAGAACUGCCCAACCUUGUUGAUGAAAGACGCUUCCGUCGAAGAGAGCCAGAGCAAUUCGAACGAGAUGAAUUUGGCAGGAGAAAAUGGCCCGAAGAGCGCAUCCCCAUCGACAUGGAAAAUAUCCCUGGCUUCAAUCUUCGCGCACAGGUUGUCGGUCAAGGCGGUGCGUACGUCAAGCACAUCCAACAAGAAACCGGAUGUCGAGUCCAAAUCAAGGGCCGCGGGUCUGGCUUCAUGGAACACAGCACCGGACAGGAGUCGGAUGAGCCAAUGUAUCUCCACGUUGCCGGACCUCAACCCGCCCAAGUUCAGAAGGCCAAAGAACUUUGUGAAGAUCUACUUGCUAACGUCCGCGUCAACUUUGAGCACUUCAAAGCGAACCCGCCGCCGCCGAGACUGGAGUCAUACACUGAUGGUUAUGGAGCUGAUGCAAAUCGCAGUUCUUAUGGCGGACGCGGAAGAGACCACGGUCGCGACAACAGCUACUCCCAUGGCAGCAACAGCUACAACUCUCCCUAUGCUGGUGCGUCGGCCAGUCCUGCGCCUGGAACCGUUUCUUCGCCAACAGACUACACCGCACAAUACGCUCAGUACUAUGCAAGUCAACCUGGGGGCGAUCCUUAUGCCGCCUACGGCGGCUAUCAGAACUACGUCGCUUAUUAUCAAUACUACCAGCAACAGGCCGCUGCCGCUCAACAACAGUCUCCUCCCCCACCGCCAGCGGCAGAUUCGAAUCCACCGCCGCCUCCAGCGGAUAGUGGUGCUGCACCACCACCCCCACCACCUCCAGCUAGUGGCUAUUCGGCAGUGCCGCCGCCUCCAGGUUUAUGA